AUGUCGACGAUGAAGGCAGUCGUGAUCCAUGAGGCAGGUGGCCCUGAAGUCCUCAAGAUCGAGCAGAUCUCCAUCCCAGUACCAAAGGCUGGCCAAGUGCGCAUCCAGGUGAAAGCAUUCGGCAUCAAUCGCUCUGAAUUUUUUACCCGCCAGGGGCAUUCUCCAAGUGUGACAUUCCCGCGAGUUCUGGGAAUCGAGGCCACCGGAAUUGUGGAUUCGUGUCCCGGGAACGAGUUCGAGAAAGGAGAGGUCGUAGCGACUGCCAUGGGAGGGAUGGGAAGAGCUUUUGACGGCGGGUAUGCAGAGUACACUUGCGUGUCAGCCGGAAAUGUCCAAGCUAUCAAGACGGAGCUACCGUGGGAGACGCUUGGGGCCAUGCCGGAAAUGCUCCAGACCGCCUGGGGCUCGCUAUUCAAGGGUUUGAGGCUGAGAAAAGGAGAGAGGCUUCUGGUCCGGGGGGGGACGUCGAGUGUUGGUCUCGCAGCGACGUCAAUUGCAAAGAACCACGGUGCUUAUGUCGCUUCCACCACUCGGAAAGCAGGUAGCGAGGCUAUGCUCAAAUCCGGGGGAGCAGAUGAAGUGGUAAUUGACGACGGGCUCAUUGCGGACAAGAUCCAGGAGAAGUUCGACAAAAUAUUGGAUCUGAUCGGUACAACCAGUAUCAAAGACAGCCUGCAUUGCGUAAAAGAUGGAGGUACGGUAUGCAUGUCAGGUAUUCUAGGAGGAGAGUGGAAUAUUGAGAGUUUCACUCCUAUGGAGUAUAUUCCCACUGGUGUGAACUUGACGGCAUAUACUGGGGGCCCGAAUGAGUUCAUGGAGACGCCCUUAGAGGACCUUGCAAAGCAGGUAAAGGCUGGAACUCUCAAGUUACAGGUUGGGAGGGUGUUCAGGAUCGAUGAGAUUGUGGAGGCGCAUGGAUUGAUGGAUGCAAAUGGUGCAGGUGGGAAGAUUGUUGUGUUGACUUAA